AUGAACUUAGCAUUAUUAAAUGAAGAAAUGGAAAAAAUUGAAAGGAGUAUCAAAGAACCAUCUGAAAUUAUUGAUGUGUUUCGAAAUCAUCUUGAUAAAAUAUUGGAUAUAAUAAUAAACAAGAACAGCACAUAAGAACUAAAAUUUUAAAGUUUGAAAGAAUUAUGCCAUUAUCUAAUCGUAAUGAGAGUGUCAUUGGAUGGUAUCUUAAAUGAUUCCUAUCAUACAAAAAGGGAGAUCUUCUAUAUGAAUCAAAAUAUAUUUUAAAAAUAAGAGAACUUAAAUUUAGUUAUAAAAUAAUUUUCGCAUAAUAUUUAGAUUUAAAGAAAAUAAUUACACAUAAUCUCAGCUUCAAAAGGUUUAGUUUGCGGUUCUUUAAUACUCAGAAAAUAAGACAUUGAAUUAGACUUGUUAUAAUUAACCUCAUAAGGGAAAGGAUUGAAUAUCACUGAGUUUAUGGAUGAAUGGUAACCUGAAAUUUAUGGUAAGUGGAUACUAGUAGUUGAAAAAGAGACUGUGUAUUUUCACUUGAUAAACGAGAUGCAUUAAGAAUUCCUGUAAAACACUGUCUUGAUUACAGGAAAAGGUUAUCCUUGUUAUGCUACCAAGUCUUUUAUCAAAUAUUUAUCCUUAAUGAAUCCAUACAUACCAGUGUAUUAUUUUGGAGAUAUGGAUCCUCAUGGAUACGAUAUUUUAUAAUAAUAUGCUUUUGGUAAUGCCUACACAAGUCAUGAACUCAAUAACAUACCCUGGAUUUAGUGGUUAAAUUCCUACUUUCCUUUAGAUUAGUUAUAAAUUAAGAAAAAGAAUAAGUUAAAUCAGAGAGAAAUUUAACUUUUAGAACAAAUUAAAAGUAACACUAACCUACCUGAAGAAUGGAAAUAAAUUAUGGAUAACAAAGAAAAGUAUGAAAUUGAAGACAUGCAAUUUCGGAACCUAUCCGAAUUCGUAUUACAAAUUAUGCAACGUUAAGAUUGUGAUCUAUUAUAUUGA